GACGACAAUCCUAUGAAUAUUUGUUACAAAAAUGACAUCACUACUGAGAGAAAGGUUGCGCGUAUAAAAACGCACAAUUAGCAAAUUACUCCGCAUACUCUUGUUGUGUUCUUUAGAGAUCAUCCUCUUUUUUGUUUGUUUAAACUUCCAGUUAAUCUCUUCAGAUUCCAUAACAAUGAGGGCGUCGGUGUGUCUGCUGGCGACUAUUCUAUCAUUCCUUAUGAUCUCUAAAGUAAGAGCAAUGGAAUGUGAAGCCGCAUUCGGGCCAUAUGCUUGCAAGGAUGGUACGACGCAGUAUGUUAUGGAUGAUGAAUGGAAAUCAAAGGAUUGCAAAGAUUGUAAAUGUCACGGCAUAUACUCAAUCUGUUGCUCAUUGCAACCAAAAUAUUUCGAUUGGUUUGAACCACCAAAAGGCUGCCGAUACAUUUGGGAUGAGGCUGCGUGUGAAAGCAAGGUCGUUGAUGAGUUUGACGACAACAAACCGUGUCCCGAAGACUAUUAAUUAUAAAUGUAUGCAAACUGACAAUUAGUGAUCACACAAAACUUCAUUUGGUCGGACAAUAUUUUCCACAUCUUAAACAAUCGUGACUGUUGUGACGAAAGACUAAUUAUAUAACAGUUGAUGAAUUAGUGAGAGAUGACGUAAUGUCAUCUAGUAAAUACUAAAGUUGGUUCAAAGGUCAAAUACUUAUCACUUAAAACCAAAAAUAAAAAGAAACAAGCAAACAGAAGGUUGAAUGCCUAAUUGUAUCUCAGUUUGGUAAAUGUGUAUAUUUUUUCUCAAAUAGUAUUUUUCAAUAGCUUAUUAAUCACAUAUCUUUUCUUUGUAAAUGUAUUAAAUUAGAAAGAUAUGUGAAUAAAUUAUUAGAAUAAAAGUCUCAUUGAGAAAAAA